GCCUGAUGCUUGGCUGGCGAUUCUACUCCAUUUCCAUGGGCAUUCUCACAUUUUCGGUGUGGCUCAAGUUCAUCCGGUUCAUGUCCUUUCACAGAUCGCUGCGGCGACUCUCGAGCACGAUUCAACUGUCGUUAAGAAACGUUCUCGGCUUCUGUUUUAUAUUCAUUUGCAUUGUUUAUGCCUUUGCCCUGUGGGGCACAAUACUAUUUGGGGAUCAGCUGGAUCUCUUUAAAUCGGAGUUCUCAACGGUGAUGACGAUAUUGCGCAUUUUAAUGGCUGAUGUUGACUAUGGACCGAUGUACCAGAUUCAACCUGUACUGGGACCCAUUUACUUUGUCAGCCUUGUUGUUGUCAUCUUUGGCAUCUCACUGAAUUUAUUUGUGGCAAUUUAUCUGAGCACCUAUUUAGAUGUGAAGGCCAAUACGGUUGUUCACGAUACUUUAAUAUUGAAAAUGCUUAAGCAGGGCAUUAAGGAUUACUUUAGAAUUUGGCGCAGUCGCCCCCUCCGAUCUGAUGAGAUUAAGACAUCUGCGACGAGACGGAUAGAGAGGGAUACUCCAGUGGCCGAGGAGGUUGCAAAGGAGUCGACACUCGGGCGACAACCAAUAAUAACACUUCGCGAGGACCUGGCUGCCUUUACCGAACGUUCCAUUCAAAUGGAAAACAUGUUAGAGAGCUUGGUUGUUACCAUCGAGAAUAUUGCGAAAUUACAAAACCAAAGGGAGAAAAAGGCUAAAUGAGA